AUGUGUUUUGACAGCAUCUUCGGAGUAGGAAGGCGCCUUGGCGGCGACGUGACGUCACGAUACGUCACGAUACAUGAUGACAUGUCGCGACAGGUCCCGACACGCCCAGCCCGCCCGGCCGAGGAGGAGGCUGUGGAGCCCCCCGAGGACUCCAAUCCCCGGCGUGCCGAGCGGGCCGGGGCGGGGCGGCGCAUGCGGGGCGGGCGGCGAUCUCCCCGGCCCCGGCCCGGCGGGGCCGCCGCCGCCGCCGUCCCCCCGCCGCUGCCGCAGCCCCCGGAGCAGGAGCGCAAGCUGGAGCAAGAGAAGCUGUCCGGGGUGGUGAAGAGCGUCCACCGCAGGCUGCGCAAGAAGUACCGGGAAGUGGGAGACUUUGAUAAGAUCUGGCGUGAGCACUGUGAGGAUGAGGAAACUCUCUGUGAAUAUGCUGUGGCAAUGAAAAACCUUGCAGAUAAUCACUGGGCAAAAACUUGCGAAGGGGAAGGCCGGAUUGAGUGGUGUUGCAGUGUAUGCCGAGAAUAUUUUCAGAAUGGCGGGAAAAGAAAAGCACUUGAGAAAGAUGAAAAAAGAGCACUUCUUGCUUCGAAGACCACUCCAGCCUUAAAUGUUUCCCAGCCUCCCAAGAUUGAAGAACCCUUACCGAGCCUUGGCUUGACAAAUCAUGAGGCUAUAACAGAAGAGUUGCUUCAUUCCUUGGGAAAGAUCAGAUUACUUGACGUUGGUAGCUGCUUUAAUCCAUUUUUGAAGUUUGAAGAAUUUCUGACAGUUGGCAUAGAUAUUGUUCCAGCUGUUGAGAGCGUAUACAAAUGUGACUUCUUGAAUCUACAAAUUCAGCAACCUCUCCAACUGGCACAAGAUGCUAUAGAUGCCUUUCUUAAGCAACUGAAAAAUCCUAUUGAUUCUCUACCUGGAGAACUAUUCCAUGUCGUCGUUUUCUCGCUCCUCCUUUCUUACUUUCCAUCACCCUAUCAACGAUGGAUAUGCUGCAAGAAGGCACACGAACUUCUCGUAUUAAAUGGCUUAUUGCUUGUAAUAACUCCUGAUUCAUCUCACCAGAAUCGCCGAGCUAUGAUGAUGAAAAGCUGGAAGAUUGCCAUAGAGUCCUUGGGUUUUAAACGCUUCAAGUAUUCCAAGUUUUCUCACAUGCACCUGAUGGCUUUUAGGAAAACCUCCCUUCAAACAACAAGUGACUUAGUUAGCAGGAACUAUCCAGGAAUGUUAUAUAUCCCGCAGGAUUUCAACAGUAUAGAGGAUGAGGAGUAUUCCAACACUUCCUGCUACGUUCGAUCAGAUACAGAAGAUGAACAGCUAGCUUACGGUUUUAUGGAGCUACCUGAUGCUCCUUAUGACUCAGACUCUGGAGAAAGCCAGUCUAGUUCAAUUCCUUUUUAUGAGCUCGAAGAUCCUAUAUUGCUUCUAAGUUAAUGUAGUAGUUGACAUGCUAAGUCAAACCUCUUGCUUAACUAAUUUUGCUAUACUAACGUGGGCUCAACACACAACAACGGUUUGCAUAAAGAAAAUGCAACGGUUUACAGAGUUUGCUAUUUUUUUCUACUUUUGAAUUUUAAAAUUUAUUCUUGUAUGAAAGUGAAAAAAAUACAAGUUUUAUGCAAAUGACUCUUGUCAUAGCAUAAAUUGCUGUUACUGUCUUUAGAAUAUGUAUCACUAAUUUUCUUCCAGAAAGGUACCAUUCUUUUCUUUAGUGCUGUGAAGUGUGAAUUCUAUUUAAUUUGCUAAAUGUUGUUUCAAUAUUUUAACUCUUAAUGUGGUUGAGCAUAAGGCACUGGAGUUGUUGGGCUUCUGAGAAGUAUAUGUAGGAAGAAAUAAUUUGCACUUUAAUUAAAUGUGCAGAUAGGUUAAGAUGCUUGGUUACACAUGUCCCUUUUUAAUUAUGGAACAAAGCUUUCUUUCCAAAAUUUCUUUUGCUCUGGUUAAGCCUGGGCUGGAGAAACUACAAUGCACAUUUAAUUUUACUUUAAUUGCAGCCCUCUUGAGAUAACACCAAAACACUGGAAUAUAUUAAUCCAUAGUCAUACAUGUUGUGUACUUUCAUUGCAUAAAUAGCAGAUAGACAUGACAUUUCUGAAGAGGUUAUCCCCCAGACAAAGAGAAGUAUGGUACGUCUAGAGAAUUGUUUCACUUCAAAGCUGCAACAGGGUUUUGCAAUUUUCAAUGUACAAGCACUAACAUACAUCAGUAUUUCCCCAAUGUGUUCUGUAUUUUUCUUUUUUUUUUGGGGGGGUGGGAGUGGUGGUGGUUUUUUGUCAUGUUUUAAAGUAAAUUAUUUAUGUGUUUUAAAAACAAACUUUCUUUAAUUUGGGAGGUCUACAAUUAAGAACAAUUGUAUGAUAACUACAGACUUUUUUUUUUUAAAAAAAGGAACAUUUUCACAAAAUUUUCAAGGACACAUGUAUUUGCACAAAAGACAUUCAGACCACACAAGUGAAGUUAAUAUACACUAUUUCGUUUGCUUAUUUGGACCCCAGUCUUCUGUUUAGCUAAAUGAAAAACCCAUAGCUGUCUGAAAACUGGUCUGCACUGUAAGAAGGUAAACCAAGUUGCUUAUGAAAUUUUUUUAACUGUGUAAUAAAUUUGUGAGUACUUUGCCAGAAAAAAAUAAUCUGUUCAGCAUUAAAAAUAGAGGAUUCAGUAUUAGUUUAGCUUAGAUUGCCCUCCAUUUAAAAAUGACCAGAAUUCUCAAAUUUGAAUGUUAGGCUUUAUAAGUGAGUGCCUAUCAGAAAUGAUUGGAACUAGGUGCUGCAUCAUGGAUUUAAGACUGACAGCAGCAACAUGGUAGAAAAUACAAAUACAGUGUAAAGUUUCAUAGGUGGAAACACACCUUACACCAUUUCAAUCUGCCAUGUUAUUUUUAUAAUAUGGAUGUUACCAGGUAAACUGAAGUGUUAGUGUGGAUUUUAUAGUAGUUGCUACAAAAAUGAAAACUUUCCAUUGAAGUUUUGCACUGAAAGUGCCAGUUUGGCCUGUCUGUUUUUUCUUGUAUAAAACUUCCUACAAAGAGUCAUACUGUAUUGGUCCUACUUACACUCAAACAUGAACUGGACUGCAAUGCUUUAUUCUUUAAUAUAAGCUUUCUGUGUUUCUCUUCAUAAAUUUAAAGUGUCCCCAAACAUCUGAUUCAAAACUGUUAUUCAAUCUGAAUGAUAUAGUUGUAUACAAACCAAACACCUAUACAGCUUGUGUUUAGGGAAAAAAAAAAAAAAGGACAAGUUAUCAUGGUUGACUUAAUUUUUAUGGAAAAUACCUAAUGAAAUAUACAACAGAUUCAAAAACAGCUAUAACUCAGUGUUUGCAUCUAAUGCUUUACCAUUUCACUUUCACUAAAAUGUUCAUCAGUCAAAACCUCUCUUCUUUCACUGACUCCAGCAAUGCUAGUGUUAAAGCUAAAAUAUUGGUGCUAUAAAUAAAGCUGUUUUUAGAAAUCUAAUCUGCACAUACUUCAAAGUCUACCUAGCAUUUUAAUUGAUAUUCCUCUAAAAAAAAAAAGCUGUGUACCAGCUGACAGAAAUGUUGGCAUUGGUCAAUGUAAAUUGGUUUGUGAUUCAUACAAAUGAGCCAAGAUUUAUCCUUAACGAGUGUAAAACAUAAUUAUUUAAAAUUUAGGCCUUCUUGGCAGCUCGAUGACACCAUUGUAUUUGUGGUUUAGGGACCUGAGAUUUGUAACAGCUUGGUUUUCUUGCCGCUUAUUCUAAAUACCUGAAGUGUUGUUUUUUUUUUUUUUUUUAACAAGGGACAGUGGAUUGUGGUGGAGAAUGAAAGUCAGUUUUACAUAAAUACUUACACCUCCCCGAACAAUACUAGUGAUAGUGGGAGUUGUUGGAUAUUUAGCUUUGGUGCAAGAGGAAUGUUUCUAGGUUAUGAAAUGUUUGAAAAUUUUGACUGGGCAAGAGAUGACAAAUCUCUUGUUCUUAAGGUGCUGGAGAGGAAAAAAAAAAAGUGUAUUUGCAUUUUUGUUGUCUUUAUGUCACUACUUUUUGUGAACAAAGCACAUUUA